AUGGCCUGGUCUCCAGGCCACGGCGAUGCUGCUCUAUCGACGGCUUCACGCCCGACCUCACCUUCAACGCCGCCGCCGUCUUACAGUGCACACGGCCUGGGCUCGCCAUACCAACAGCAAUGGCAGUCUCCUGGCGGGACGAGUUCCCACAUGCUUGGCCCUCAGUAUGCAUGGCAGACACGGGACCCCCGCUCAUCCAGCACCCAGUCCCUGGUGCCCUCCGUCAACGAGAAUGAGCACAGGAGAACGUUGCUGGUUGUUUACAUCCAUGGCUUCAUGGGCGACAACACCUCCUUCCGCUCCUUCCCCGCCCACGUCCACUACUUCUUGCGGGAACAGCUGAGCGAAUCUCAUGUCGUCCAUUCCAAGGUCUACCCCAGGUACAAGACCUACAAGGCCAUUGAGGUGGCAAGGGACAAGUUCAGCGCCUGGCUGGAGCCUCACGAAAAGGAUGAUACCGAUGUUGUCCUGGUCGGACAUUCAAUGGGAGGGCUGCUCGCUGCCGAUGUGGCGCUCAUGCCCUCUCCCAAUCCUGUGUAUCGCGGCCCCUUCAAGCACCGCAUACUAGGCACUAUCUCUCUGGAUGCCCCUCUGCUAGGUCUUCAUCCUGGUAUCAUCACGUCUGGCAUAGCCAGUCUGUUUCGGAAAGCCCCAGACCCUCCAGGAAGGGAGCAAGCCCUUGCAGAGUCUAUGUCCUCGCAAAAUGCCUCCGGAUCCCUGAGCUUACAGCAAACACCAAGCUUGUCCUCUGAUGCCGGGCAGUCACCGGGCACCAUGUCACCUGUACCAUUGGCCAGCAUGUCGUCCAAUACCUCGGUUGGGUCGCAGCCGGAUCCAAACUUCAACCCAACCUUCUUUAACGACGUCUCUUUCAUAGACAGGGGCUGGUGGAGGAAUGUCGCUCAUUUCGCCAAGAAGCAUUAUUCGGAAGGCCUCUUUAGCUCUACGUACCAUCACUUGCUGUCACACCUAGAGUUUGGCAGCUGUCUUGCAGACUAUGGCUCGCUGAACAACAGAUACAACAAAAUCCGCCGCCUUGAGGAUGUUGAUGAGUUGAACAGUGCCCAAGGAUCCCGCAAGGAGCCCAGGGUCCGUUUCGUCAACUACUACACAGUUUCGACUGGCAUCCCAAAAGAACUGCCUCCACCAAAACGUGCCGACACCCAUUUGAAGCCCGUGGCCCCCGGGUCGCAACAGACCGGGUCGGGGAGCUCCCAAGCGUCAACGCCCAGAAUCUCAAUUGAGGACUACAGUGACAGCGAAGAGCCUCAGACUCUACAGGUACUUGAACCUGUAGCAGUGUCCGAUGAUGAGAUUAUGGACCAGCAUAAGGCGGAUCAAGCAACCGUCAAAGAAGGGCAAAAUGGCGGGCCCAAGAUACCAGAAUCAUCGUCUGGUGAUGGGAGCGGCAAACCUGACCCCCACAAGCAAGCCGAAAACAAUUCUUCUUCUGAGGCCGCACAGGAAGAGCCCGAACCUGCAUCAUCAUCACAACCAGGCCCCAGUAAAGAUGGGACCGCCGACAUAGACCAUGAUUUACCAGCGAUACCAGACCCUCCCGAGCCGCCACGGGCCCCUGAUUUUACAAAAUAUAGCGACAAAGAAGCAAGAAAGCAAGCCGAAAAGGAAUUCAAACGGACACAGAAGGCCUAUGACCAGGCCUUGAAGAACCGCGAGAAGGCCAUCAAGGAGCGGCAGAAGCUCGUUGAGAAGCGCCAGAAGAAAGCCCAGAAAGAGACCGAGAAGCGCCUGAAAGAGGAGGCAAAACGCCUUGCCAAGGAGCAAGGGCAAGGAAAGCAAAAGGCUGUCGCACCGCCAGAAGAUGUAGAGGCGAACACGGCUGAGGACACGUCCCGUCCCUCCCAAGCCCAGGUGGUGACGCCGGCACAGGCGCAGAUCCUUGAGCGGCAGCUUACCGACCUGGCGUUCCACGACCGGGAGGACGCAGCCUCGCCACCGAGCCAGAGCCGUGACCCUUCUGCGCCUGUCGAUCGCAGGCCAACCCUGGGCGCAGAGGCGGGCCAGAAGAAGCUCCGUAAGUUCUGCAUGCUCCCGCAAAAGGUUAACGGCGUCCGGGACCGGACGUGGGUGGAGGUCUACAUGAAGGAUGUGGACGAGGUCGGCGCGCACUGUGGCCUGUUCUUCCCUGGGCCUCACUACGAGAUACUCAUUGGUGAUGUCGGGUCGAGGAUCGUGGACUGGGUUCGGGAGGAUGCAUCGAAGAGGGCUAUCAUGGCCCUGGACUAG